UUGCAUGCUAAGGUUUGUAUUUCCAAAAUAAAUUGACCAUAAUAAAUAAUAGUUAUCACAAUCUAGAGAUAACUAGAGAUAAUUACACUACAUUUUCUACUAAGAGUUUUCGCUACCUCCAUCACUUUCUUGUUGUUGCUUGGCGUCGAGCUCGGUGUUCAAUUGUCUUUCUUUUCUUCUUUUCAAUACUCCAUGACCUCCCCUGGCCAUUAUUGAUAAUCCGUAUAUAGUUAGACCAAAGAGAAGGAUGGACACUGUCCUCUGAGAGUAAUCUGCGAUGCGACUCCAAACCAUUUUAUUAUCAAUCCCAAUCAGACAGCCAUUUUAAUGGGCGUGGCUGGGUGUGGUUUGUAGAAUUACACAAUAUUAUCUCUGUUUGCUGAAGAUUCUUAUUUCUCAGUUUUUAAGUAAUUAUUAUGAUGCUCAGGAUCCUCAAGCAGGGUAGUACUGUAGCUCUGCGAGUGUCUCGACUAAUACACUCUAGUCAUGGGCUAAGAGCCGGAGGAGUGACUCAUCCACAAAUCACCACCCACUACUCAGUUGUUCCACGUCAUAAUGAUCCAAGAUGGGAGGGUAUUGAUAUGUCCCGAGAGGCUGAUGAGUGUGAUGUACUGAUUGUUGGUGCAGGGCCAGCUGGUCUAUCAGCAGCCAUUAGACUCAUGCAGUUGAGUGAGGAGAGUGGAGAGGAGAUAAGAGUUUGUGUUGUUGAUAAAGCUCCUGAGGUAGGAGCCCACACAUUAUCAGGUGCUGUCCUUGAGCCAAGAGCUCUUAAUGAGCUGUUCCCUGACUGGAAGGACAGAGAAGCUCCAUUACAUACUCCAGUCACAUCAGAUAGUAUGUAUUUUCUAACUGAAAAGAGACGGUUCCCCCUGCCUAUUAUUCCUGGCCUUCCCAUGCAUAAUCAUGGUAAUUAUGUGGUUCGAUUGGGUAAUUUCGUGAGGUGGUUGGGUGAACAAGCUGAGGCUCUUGGAGUUGAAGUAUAUCCUGGUAUAGCUGCUAGUGAG